UCCAACCAUGAUAAUCCAGCUUCUGACGCGUUGGUAUCGCACGUAAUCAUCAUUAAAUAAAACAUUUAGUUAAAUGAAUAAACAAUUGUAUGGAUUCCCAUGUCCAUAAUUUAUCAACAAGUAUAUAAAUAUCGUGCAUCAACAUUCCUAAAUAUAAGUACCAGAGAAAAUAGUGAUUUAUUUACGUAAUUGACGAAAUUGUUUGGUGUUGGUCAAUUGUUUUUGAUACUUUUGUGCCUAUCAAAAAAUAAAACAAGUGAAAUACAAAAGUCUGGUAGUUUUAUAAAUAAAUUGUGGAUGAUUUGUCGUUUGUUGGAGAUCGACAUCCAUUCUGAAGAUGCAGAACCAAGAAGAUGGUGCUGAAGGAUCUCCAUGGAACAAUUCAAGUGGUUGUGAAGAGGAGCGCAAACCACGUGAAGGAAAAAAAUCAAAUGUCCUGGCGCUAUGGGGGAAUGAGCGGACCAUGAACUUAAAUCCACUGAUACUGACAAAUAUUUUAUCAUCACACUAUUUCAAAGUUAAUUUAUACGAACUGAAAACCUACCACGAAGUUAUUGAUGAAAUUUAUUACAAAGUUGCGCAUCUAGAGCCCUGGGAAAAAGGCAGCAGGAAAACUGCCGGUCAGACCGGGAUGUGUGGAGGCCGCUUCAUGCAGGUACGCGGAGUUGGAGCUGGUGGAAUUGUAUCGACGGCCUAUUGUCUACUUUAUAAAUUAUUUACACUGAGAUUGACGAGGAAACAAUUAAAUGGACUUAUCAAUCAUCCCGAUUCGCCUUAUAUUCGAGCUUUAGGAUUUAUGUAUAUAAGAUAUACACAACCACCAGCUGACUUAUUCAGUUGGUACGACGAGUACCUGGACGACGAAGAAGAGUUUGAUGUUAAAGCCGGCGGCGGGCAGAUGAUGAAGAUGGGAGAGAUUUUAAAACAAUUUUUAACGAAACUCGAGUGGUUCUCGACGUUGUUCCCCAGGAUACCGGUCCCGAUACAAAAGGAACUGGAGCAGCGGUUGGGUGAGAGGUUUCCACAGCAGACGAUAAAUGCACGCAAUGCGAAACCUCCGAUCACGCUUAAUAAUCACGGCAAGUACAGUAGUGGUGCGGGACGCAAAGACAAUGGGAGCUCAGCAGCUAGAAGUCAGCAGCCGAGACACAUUUCUGAUAGCGAUGUCCAGUGGGGCGAAGCUGAGUCACGUACGAGUCAAUGGCGAGCCAGGUCUGAUGAAGAUCGUCGGGACAGCAGAGACAGGUAUCGUGAUCGUGAAAGAGAACGAAAGAGAUCACGUGAACGUGAUCGUUCGAGAGAUCGCGACCGUGGUAGCAGUAGAGUUGAGGAAACCAGAAAACGUGAUCGACAUUCACGGAAACAAAGUCGUGAACGAAGUCGAGAGAGGAGUAAGAGACAUCGCAGUCGCAGUCGCAGUAGAGAAAGAUCAACUCGUGAUCGCAGUCGUGAACAUUAUCGUGAUCGAUAUCGUGAACGAAAAAAUUCACCGAUUGAUUAUGCAGCUGAGUUAGCACGUGAACGAGAACGACAACGACGAUAAUAAAUAAAUAUAAUUACCAUCAUUACAAACAUUUGUACCUACAAAUACAAUUAUUAUUAUUAUUAUUAUUAUUAUUAUUAUUAUUAUUAUUAAUAUGACUAAUUGAUUAAUUACUGGAUAAAUAAUUAAAUAAAGAUAAAUAAUUAAGAAAUAAUUAUAAUUAGUUUUUAAGAAAGAAAAAAAAAUAAAAUUUACUAAAUAAAACAAAAUAAAAGUAUCGAUUUGUAAGACCGAGCCAUUUGAAUUUACCAAAUUGAUACUUCCGGUUGCCUAAAAUUAUUAUAUUUAAAGUAUAAUAAG